AGGCCAAACACAGAAAUACAACACACAGACCAAAACAUAGAAUGAAAAACAUAGAAUGCCCACCCCAACUCAUGCCCUGACCAAACCAAAAUAGAGACAUAAAAAAGGAAUAGAUUUUGUUCUUGUGUCGCUGACUGUGAGCAGACCAGAACGUCACAUUUAGUUUUUCUUCUGUUUUUGUUUGGUGAGUUUAUUUAUUAGGAGCACGCUGCUCCUUGACCCAAUCAUUAUGAUGAACCUGACACUACGGACAUUGCCGUAAGGCUGGGGGACCUCAGGACAUUGCUGAAAGGCUGUGGGACCUCUGGACAUUGCCGUAAGGCUGUGCUGGAGCCAGUGUUCACCCCUGUGUCAGCUCUUUUGUGCAUCCUCUCUGAACCACCUGAGACCCUGCAUCAGAGCCCCUGUGCCAGAGCAACUCUCCCAGAGCAGCCUAAGCCCUACACACACAGGAGACUGGUGAGGAUGAAGUCAAGGCUAAGACUCAAAAGGGUUGUCCCUAACAGCAGUCAAUGUCUUCUCUGAGAUGGAGCACUGGAUGUACCCACAGCCAUCACGUCCAGAAAGGGACCAGGAAACGACAGAGGGUGGUUCGAACUGCACCGUCAGGAAUUUCAGUGAAGAGAGCAGGCUGCAUAUGGGCUUCCCACAGCCCUCUGCAGACUUCCUGUGUUUCCGUGCCAGGCUGAAGGAGGGCAUGGUUCUCCUGGAGAACUGCAGUGUGAUUGCACUGGCCCUACACGGAACAGUCCGUAUGAAGAACCUGAGCUUUCAGAGUGCUGUGUGCAUCCCAAUCACCUUUGACUCUUGGCACAGCCACCAAGAAGUGCCCUGUGAUUUCCUGAAGGAAAGCUAUGGUGUACCUGACACAGACAUUUGAAUUUGACAUCACCCUGCCCAAGCUCCUAGAUGAAAAUAUAGAAUGAUGUGUGUCUUAUCUACCUGAUAGGUACAGCACCCCAUUCUGGGAAAAUAACAAUGGACAGAAUUACAGCAUCUUUGUCUCUGACAAGUCUAAGGCACACUGGGGCAUAAUCUGGACAACAGAAAGACUGCACUAGAUUACUCUGAACCUCACAGUAAUAUUUCUGUUUAGACCCCAAGGUGAACUUUAAUAUGCUAAAAUGUGAAAAAGACCUGGCUACUGCACUACAUCUUAUCAGCUUAUUAAAUAAACUAUUUAUGUUUGAA